GUGCUGCUCGGGAGGAUGACAUGUUUGCCCUGCCACGGUGGAGCGUGAGUCAGGGGUGCGCGGCGGCACCAACUGUCUCGAAUCAGCUGAGCAACGCGCGCAUUGUCAUUGAUAUAAAGCAGCGACCAGCUGCGCACUGGAACAUCACAGGCUGGCGGGCCCCUGCAAACGCGACGCCACGGAAGCCUUUGUCUCGCUGGCCACUCGCCUUCGCCGGCGUGGACAAGUGAUCGGACCAUCCCUCGAGCGCACUUGUUUAUUCGCGGCGGGGCAUAACGCGCGUUAUGGCCUAGCGGAUAACAAAAGCACUCUCAUCGGUUCCCGACCCACAGAUCACGAGAACGUUAAGACCAGGCGCCAGGCUUCCCUCGUGGGGCCCGGCUGGGCAGAAGGGCAGCACCGAUGGCGGCUGAGAGGAUGCAGCAGGGGAUUCGCGGGUGGCAGGCCAGAGUGGCUCGGCGGCCAGCUCACGCGCUGCACCCCUCUGCAAUCACGGGAUGGCAUCGCGUCUUUGAAGAAGUCAUCGCGGGCGGGCUCUCUCGACCUUCUGCACCGCUGGGCCGACUCUUGCGCCUGCGCUCGACCUCGGUGGAGCGCUGGAGCACAGUGUGCACAGCAUGCUUCGCGACGGCGCUUUCUUGUAGCGCCGAGGAGCAGGAGCGAGGGGGCGCGGACAUCCCAGCGACCACACAGCGACGUGAACCACGCGCGGGCCCUGGGCCUUGCCUCCGGGAGCACGCGCAGCACACAGCGUGCGAUAGUGACACGAAAUAAAGUUGCGCGAGAUGUCAUGAAAUUGAGCUGCCAAACGUUGCGUGCGAGGAGGGAAAAGGAGGAGGAGGAGGAGGAGGAAGAGGACAACUGCACAGCGGCACAGACAGCGCCAAGCUUGCGGAUGCGCAGCCCGAACGGGGCAUCGACAGGGGUACUCCCACGGAGGUCCCACACGAACGGUGGAGGACACAAGAGAAGACGACGGUCAAGAAAGAAAAAGAGUCGAAGUCAUCCGGGCAUCUGCAUCGUGAAACUUCUGGCCAACCACGGAUGACUACGAGCGGCGCCCCCAGCGCGACCUUCACGGGUCAGCUGCACACUCAGCUGCGCGAUGCAAGAGAAGCGGCGGCAGCAGCAGAGGGGAUGCUGACAGAAAGCGAGAGAGAGAGAGAGAGAACAAGAAAAAAGAAGAAUAAAACACUAGGUCGGAGAAAGGAAGGGGGUACAUGCGGGAGCUUGCGGAAAAGAAUUGCAGGGCUCUGUGAGCACGAUGGAGCCUUGAACGACUCGCGGGGCGGCGGCGAGAGCUCUGGCCCCCACUGACCGAAAGAGCCCCUCAGAGACAAACUGGCAAAUCAUCAGAGGGGGGGGGGCCCAGACUGGUGCCCCCAGCGGCCCCCCGCAGAGGGGCACCCCGGGCCAAAAAACCGCGGGCCGUGGCAAGGCCGCACUGGAAGCGCCGUGUGGCCGCACCGCCCAGGGGGCCGAAGUCGGCCGUUCUGCGCGUUAUGGCCCAGAAGGUGAGAACAUACUCUCCUUCUGCCGCUUCGCGUCCGCACAGUGACAGGAAACGGUCCCGCAUAAUGCUGCGGGCCUUGCCCUCCUCAAGAGGCCCGCAGCGGCAGACGGCGGUGUACUUCUCGAUGUAAUGAUAGAGCGACGGCUUCGGUCAGCAGCAGGGGCUUCUCUCCAGCCUCCAUGAGCUUCUUGUUGCGACCGUCCAAGUCCAACAACGUCGGUUGCUUGCACGCCCUCAAACUAGGUGGGGGGUUCAGAACCAGUCAGCUUCUACACAUCCGUGAAUAUGUGUAUCAUGUUUUUGGCGAGCCAAUCCUACGCAUCGGAACACGUGAUUUCUACGCAUCACACUGAGAUGUGUAAAGCAACACGCAAAUUAUACACUUCAAACAGAAAUGUGUAGAAGGGCAGAAUGGAGUGUGCUUCUACACAUCACACGACAAAGUGUACAAUCGGGGCAGAAAAACUGUAGGUCUACAGUUCCUGGAAUAUGUAGAAGCCUCUUCCUCCCCAGUGGUGGGUCUUCAAGACAGAAGCGAUAUGAGGGUCUAGCCGCAACCGAACCACCAACCACUUCUGCUGGCGGUCCGUCGACCGAGGAUGGGGAGGAGCAGCAUCGAAUCGGGAGAUCGGACCGGAGCAGGAGGAGGGCGAGGAGGAGGAAGACGCGCCUGGCAGCCUGCCGGGGAGGCGGGGCCGAGCCUGGGGCCACGCGACGGGCGCCGCUCCGCCGGGCCUCCCUGCAGGCGGUGCUGCAAGUCUGCAUGCCGUCCCCGGUCUCCCAGGCUGCACUCGGCCCGCUGUGGAGGAGCUGCUCCCAGAAGGCGGUUCCGCUACUCGCGAAACAACUACUCGCAAAUGGCCUGGAUCCCCUGCGGGGAUCUGC